UGGAGCACGGCGUCUGCUGCGCGGCGGCAGCCGGGACGGAGGGGGCUACGCGGGCCCCUCCGCUUCCUGGGAAGAUGGCCGAACCGGGCGCGGUGAGGACCUCACCGCCCAACCACCGGCCUUCAGCCAUGGAAGGAUUUUUAAAAUCCGAUGAGAGACAACGACUAGCUAAAGAAAGACGAGAAGAAAGAGAAAAAUGUCUUGCUGCCCGGGAGCAGCAAAUCCUGGAAAAACAGAAGAGAGCCAAGCUCCAGUAUGAAAAGCAAAUUGAGGAGCGAUGGAAGAAGCUGGAAGAGCAGCGGCAGCGAGAGGAGCAGAAGAGGGCAGCUGUGGAGGAGAAGAGGAAGCAGAAGCUCCGGGAGGAGGAAGAGCGGCUGGAGGCGAUGAUGCGCAGGUCUCUGGAGCGCUCGCAGCAGCUGGAGCUGAAGAAGAAGUGCUCGUCGGGAGGAGCAUCACUGGCUGCCGGGCCCGGAGGACGUGAUGCAUGUGACAAACUUUCAACAUCAACCAUGAAUUUGCCAAAGCAGACGGAGCCUCCCAUGAGUAAGCGCCUGUCUUCAUCCACUGCGGCAAUAUCCUAUUCCCCAGACCGAGUAUCCCAUGCCUGUCCCCGUGUAGCUCCUGCUGGCUCCCUUAAAUCUUCCUACAAGUCUUCUCCCACUCGAAAUGUCGAGAGGAAGAAGAUCGCAUCUACAUCUGGUGGAGGAGAUGCUGGGAAAGGCGCCCCUGCCGGAGUGGAGGCCUCUCCAACAGAGAAGAUGAAGAGGGGGCCGAGAGCAACUGCUUCUGUACCCAGCGUGGGCCUCAUGUCUCCUCUGAGAAGCAUUUCUAAGAGGUCGUCUUCUCCUGUGACAUCUAAGGCAACUUCAAAAGCAUAUCCGCAGUCUCCAAAGAACACAAAGCCGCCAUACCCAGGGUCUCCGAUGAAGUACCGCCUCCCCAGCUUUUCUGGCCAGGAGACACCCAAGAAGAAAGCAGACAAAGAGAAGAGCAACAAGGAGAAGGAAGGUACCCUGACUCAGGAGGCAGCCAGCUCACCCAAGGAGGAGGCCCCAGAGAAGCACGUGGCAGACAGGCAGGCCACUGAGAAGCAGGAGAAGCAUGAGGCCAUGGCAGGGAAGGCCAAGGGCAGCAGAGCCUCAGGGAAGUCCACAGCAGGCACCACUGAUGCAGGAGAGGCCACAAAGAUCCUGUCUGAAAAGAGACGACAGGCCCGGCUGCAGAAGGAACAGGAGGAGCAGGAACGUCUGGAGAAGGAAAAACAAGACAAACUGGAGAGAGAGGAAUUGAAAAGAAAGGCAGAGGAAGAAAGACUUCGCCUAGAGGAAGCCCGUAAACAGGAAGAGGAAAAGAAGCAGCAAGAGGAGGAAGAGAAAAGGAAGGUAGCAGAGGAGGCAAAGCGGAAGGCCAAGGAGGCGCUGCUGUUGAAAGAAGAGCAAGAAAAGGAAAAACAAGAAAAAGAAAAGCAGGAAAAAGCCAUGAUUGUAAAGCAGAAGGAAGCAGCAGAAGCAAAGGCCCAGGAGGCAGCUAAACAAAUGCGUCUGAAAAGAGAACAGAUCAUGCUACAGAUGGAGCAGGAGCGACUGGAGAGGAAGAAGAGAAUAGAUGAAAUUAUGAAGAGAACAAGAAAGAGUGAUGCAUCUUUGGAAGUGAAGAAAGACGACCCAAAAGUGGAGCUUCAGUCUGCUCUGUGUGUGGAAAAUAAGGCAGAACCCGUGGUCCCUAACAAAAUAGAAAUCAGUGUAUUGAAUACCUGCCAGGAAGUAAAUGUUGUGGAACAUGCUGCCCCAGAAACUUUCCCUCAAGAUGUUUUCACUGAUGAACUUAAACCAGUUGAGGGACUUGUUCAUCUGGAUGCCCUUGAUGGGAAAUCAAACAGUCUGGAUGAUUCAACUGAAGAAGUUCAGUCUAUGGAUAUGAGUCCUGUUUCAAAAGAAGAGCUUAUCUCUAUCCCAGAAUUUUCACCAGUGAGUGAAAUGAUUCCUGGGGUAUCUCUGGACCAAAAUGGAACUGGUAAUGCCCGAGCACUUCAAGAUCUCUUAGAUUUCACUGGCCCCCCCAUUUUCCCCAAGAGAUCCAGUGAAAAUCUCAGCCUGGAUGACUGUAACAAAAACCUGAUCGAAGGAUUUAACAGUCCUGGCCAAGAAAAUACUCUGAACACCUUCUGUUGA